AUGGAACUCGAGGAAAACGCACCAGCUCCAGGUAAUACGGGCAGUAACAAUCAAAAAACUCCAAAACCUCCACCAAUAUAUGCAGUAAAGACAGACAUCCAGGCAAUUAUAAAAAUUAUCAAAUCCACGCAAAUUCCUGAAACAGUAUUUGCUGUUAAGGAGGUUAACAAAGAGAAUCAUACCAUAUACAUCAACCAGCUAGAAUACCACCAAGAAAUAGUCAACAAACUGAGGGCAGAAUCCUCUUCCAAUUAUACUCUACCAGCAGAGAAGAGCAAUGUUCACCAUUACAGUGCUACAGCAAAUAGGAGCGAGCCCCACUUCAACAAUAAUCAACAAUCUUGUCAGCCUCCAAAAUGGAUUCAAGAUUUCAAAAACGAAAUAGCCUCGCUUUUCUCCAAUCAGCUGCAGACGCUUGCAGCACAGAUAGCAUCCAAUACUACUGGAGAUAUUAAUGCAAGGCGAAAAGCAUGGGGAGAUAGGUUACACAACCAACGGGGUAGGUACAUGAGACAAUGGGAAGAUUCCUUCGGAAUCACCUUUAAACUAAAAAUAAUUACAUCCUCAGAGUCCACUUUCAAGCCACAUAAUUCAUUUCUUGAUAUCUGUCUAGCAGACGCGAGGCUUAAAUUAGAUAAUGCUUUAAAUGGAAAAGCACAAACCCUACCAUACGAUAGUGAGCAUGCUGCAAUUUCAGUUACAUUUGAGCUUUCAAAUGACAACACUCCGCUUUGGAACCCGGUCCCUGAACAAUAUCGCUUUAAUUUCAAAGCCACUAACUGGCAAAUAGACAGUAAUCUGGAACACAUCAAUAACGUUAUCCACAAUACAAUAAUCAGUACUGUUCCUAAAAUCAAACCUGGCAAUAGCAUUCAUAGAUAUUUAAAUCAUAACAUACGCAAACUUUUAAAGAUAAAGAGUUAUCCCGUUUCUCUGUUGCACGACCUCCAUAUAACAGAUCCGCAUUCAUCUAGAACUAUAUCAGUAAUUGCUAAAGAAGCUCUAAAAGACACUUCUAGAGCUAUACAGUUAGAAUUCAAAAUCUCUACGGACAAAUACUGGAACAACAAAAUUAAGAAAAUAGACUAUAGUAAUCGUGAAGCUUUUUUCUCCAAAAUUAAUGCAAUUUUUAGAGCCAAGCAGAUUUCUCAUAUUGAAAACCUUCAUGUUAAACUCAAUGAUUCAGGUACCUUGUUAAGAAGCAAGUGCGACCUUAAUAAUGUUCAUAAAACUGCAAAUAGUUACAUUUUUACAGCCCCACAAGAUAAGUUAAAUAUAAUAGGAUCAUUCUAUGAAGCAAUCAACUCACCUCGUUACCUCAAUACUAACACACCUCUCAAACAAGUAGUAGACGCUACAGCUGAGGACAUUAAAAACAGAUUUAAGAAUUCUAGAGACUCGGUUUCCACUAUCACACUAUUCAAUAGAGACAAUGUAGCCAGCAAUCCUAAUCCGCCAGAUACUCAACCGCAGCCUUUUUGUAGCCUUGGGUCGAUUGAACUCAUCUUAAAGAGCCUUCCAAACAAAACGUCGAGUGGCCUCGAUAACAUACCUCCCAUAGUAUUAAAGCACUUGCCGAGAAAUAUGAAAUUUGAUCUAAUCAUACUAUUCAACAACUCUAUAAAUCACCACUACUUCCCUAAAAUUUGGAAAAGGGCUAAAGUCCUUCCUAUCCUAAAAAAAAAUAAGAAUCCCAGCGACCCUUCCAGCUACCGUCCUAUCAAUCUAACACCCAGCCUAACCAAGGUUUUCGAAUCAAUUAUUAACUCCAAUAUAAAUGAAUUUUGCAAUAUUAAUAAAAUCAUACCAGAUCAUCAAUUUGGUUUUAAACACCAGCAUUCGACAACACACGCGAUCCAUAAAUUCAUGUCAGAUCUCAACACACUAGUCGCUAAAAGCCAAAUUGUAGGAGCAGCUUUUUUAGAUAUAGAGAAGGCGUUUGACUCAGUAUGGUUGAACGGCCUUCUGUAUAAAUUGAAUAAGAAGCAGUGUCCUACCUGGCUUAUAUACCAAAUAUGGGACAUGAUUAACAAUAAUACUUUCCUCACAUGGGAUGGUGAAAACCUAUCUACCGAGGAAUUUAGAAUUACGGAGGGACUGCAACAGGGAACGGUCAACUCUCCCAUAUUAUUUAAUAUACUCUUGAGUGACCUGCCCAGGCUAUUUAAUCUUAACGAAAAUAGGAAAUCAUCUGCUCUAGCUUCUGCCGACGACUUAAUUGUAUAUACUUAUGGCAACAAGGUUAAAACGGUACGAGAUAACCUUGAAGAGAUAGUGGAAAAAAUAAACCAAUAUUACGUGGCAUGGAACUUGAGAUUGAAUCCCAGUAAAUGUGAAACUAUAUUGUUCAGGAAACCUCUAGAUAAUUUAUCUUCAAAAGUAAAAGCGGGAAGUAGAGAAUUUCAAAUUUGCACAACAAUCCCCAGUACAAUUAAUAAAGAAAAUAUUCCUCAUAAAAAGGUAGUUAAGUAUUUAGGCAUUCACAUAGAUUAUCUGCUCAGAGGUAAUAAGCAUAUUGACAUUCAAAUUAACAAAGCCAAAAUAGCAUUUCAAUCUAAUUGCAGAAUUUUCUAUAACAAAUACCUAUCCAAUAAAACAAAAGUUAUACUAUAUAUGCUACUUGUCAGACCUAUUUUAACUUACGCUGCACCCAUAUGGUGGAAUUGUAACAACACAGUUGUGGAGAAAAUACGAAUGUUUGAGAGAAAAUGCCUAAGAGCUUGCAUACGAAUUAACAGAUCUCAGCAGUCAGAUUGGCAACAUUUCAUUAAUAAUAAAACUAUAUACAACAAAGCUGGUAUUCCAAGGAUAGAUUCAUUUAUCAUAAAACUCACAAGAGAUUACUUUAGCAAACUUCCGUUGAUUAAGAACAGUAUAUUGCAGACCCUUUCAAUACAUGAUCCCAUUCUCUCACAACGACAAAUCACCAAUGGAUAUUUGUCGCCUCAGGCUUUUAUACAUUGUGAUAAAUUAGGUUUAAUACAAAAUGCGUAUAAUAUAAAUCUCAUUUAUCAUUGGAGAAGAAACAAAGCGAAUAAAAGAAUUGCGUUUCACCAUUCGGACUUUAAUAUAAAUAAUAAUAACUUUAAGUUUUCAUUGGCAUUACCUGACAUUGAUAUUAUGGACUUUCAUAGACUUAAUUUUAAAAAGUAUUGGUGGUUGUCGAUCAAUGAUAAUCAUAUAGCUGACCUUAGAGAACGUAGAAUAAGUUCUCUAAGACUAUAUUAG